AUGGCUGACACUGCUGAACCUGAACCAUACUUUCGCGCAGCAUGCAACUGGGUGAAGGCGAACUACGACAUCUGGAGCGACUGGAUGGACCGACUUCCUCUGUGUACAUUUGAAGACCACAUCGUUGAUCACGUCACCGGCUGCGAGAACGACAGCACCAUCCGCGAAAUUCAGUUCGCUUGGAGGUCGCCAAACCCUGGGAAUGCAGCGUUGCCCAACAAUUGCGACGGAGGCGUGGACGUCCUACCGGAGACCAUCGAGACGAGUCGAUCGUGCGACUGGAUCUUCGAGAACCGGCGGAUCUGGUCGGGCUGGGUCGACACGAAGCCCUCGUGCGACUCCACCUUCUACGACUACAACGUGUCCGACUGCGACUCCGACACGCACCGCACGGUGACCUACUUCUGGAAGCUCCCGUACGCCUCGAACGCGCAGUACUCGGCUGAAUGUUCAGGCGGAGACACCUUGCCGGACGCCGUAGUGAUCGACUGCGAGUACAUGCCCACGUCGUCCCCGACUUUCGCGGCGCUGACGGUCCUCGCGCUGAUUGUGUUCGUCUUGCUCUUCGUGGCCAUCAUCGUCGUCUUCAAGCAGCGCAACGCGCCGAUCAUCCGCCGCUCGCAGUUCGAAAUGCUGCUCCUGAUGAUCUUCGGCGGCUUCUUCACGACGGGCGCAGCCAUCGCGUAUGCUGGUCGGCCCUCGCGGUUCCUCUGCGGAGUUCGCCCAGUCCUCAUCUGCAUGGGCUUCACCACCAUCUUCGGCUCUUUGGUCAUCAAGUCUCUGCGCGUCUACCGCGUGUUCAUGCGCUCGGCCAUGAAGCGCGUCAAGGUGACGCUGUUCCGCAUCCUCAAGAUCCUCUCCAUCUUCUACGUCGGCGACAUCGUCAUCUUCGUCGCGUGGUUCGGAGCCGACUUCCCGGAGCCCACCGCCACGACGGAAGAGGCCACCGAGUUCCGGGGCACCGUCGACCGCAUCUCGUGCAGCUCGUCCAGCUUCAUCUUCACGGCGCUGCUCAUCUUCUGGAAGGCCAUCUUGCUCGUGCUGGGGCUCUACCUGUCAUUCCUCAUCCGCAACGUGUCAGUGGACUUCCAGGAGUCUCCGUGGAUCUUCGGCUCGGUCGUGGUGGUGCUAGUGGGCUGCCUCGUGAUCAUGCCCAUGACGUACCUCGUCACCAUGCGCGCGUCGACGUUCUACGUGUUCCUCGCGCUGGCGCUGAUCAUCUGCACGAUCCUGAUCAUGGGCCUGAUGCUCGUGCCCAAGCUCUUCCGACUCAAGGAGGUCACCAAUUCUUCUACUACUGGUACUAACACCGGGAACAGUAUGAAGAGCAGGAACAGCAUGGUCCCGAUGUCGAAGAUCAACAAUACAAACCUCACGAACCUGACGAAUGCCAGCGAGAAUGAGACCAACAUGACUCAAGAUGCAUCGCGCAAGGCGUCGCAGAAGUACCAGUACCAAGUGAGGCCUCUCGGUGUCAACUCGACCAUUGCUGAUGAGGGAAGCAACACGACGAACUAUUAG